AGCGUGGGCAGCAGCGUGGGCAGCUGUGCGGGCAGCUGUGCGGGCAGCAUGUGCGGCGGGGUUGCCAGUUACAUUCCAGAGACAACGCUCCGGCCACUCCAGAGCCUGCGAGCAAUGCAAUUGUCACGAACCACCUCUGUUAGUCUUUAAUAAUUGAUCGGCCCUAAUGCAGGGGCAUCAAAUAAAUUAAUAAAUAAACCCACACGCGAGCGUCGGGCCUCUGAUGAUGUCAGCCGCUUGCUCCGUCUCGCCAGAAACGGGGCGAGUGGCACAGAAGAGGAGCGCGUGCGUGCACACGGCUCCUUGCUCGCCUCUGCUCCGCGCCCUCCGGGAGGCGGGGGUGAGGGAGUGGCUCUCUCUCUCCGCGCGUGCGUGAGCACAGCGCCGGCGCGCUGCGCAGAGCGGCUGCGGGGGGGAUGGCGGCACGCGUCUGGCUCCGUGUGGAAUCGUAGCGGCGCCGUCGUCGCCUGCCACGCGGGAUCCUUGGCGCUGCCGCCGACGGAAGAGGGCUUUGAAUUGGAAUUGGAUCGGCGCCGGUGAUGUUAUUUAAUCGCUGUAAUUGGCGACGUAGGGGUUUAUUUUUUACUUGCAUUUUCUUUUGCACAAUUGCCGUUUUCGUCGGCAGAAUAGGCUGGAUUAGACGUCUACAUCGGCGUGCGCUCUAGAGUGGGGGGCGGGGGGCGCCCUGCGUUUGAGCAACGUGCUGGCCGCAUCGGCGAGCGAGACGCACGGUCGCUGCUUCUUCGCUGCUCCGGCGGUCAGGCGGGCAGCCGCGAGGCGACACCGCUGGUGACGCCGAGAACGAGAGAGAGAGCGAGAGAGAGAGAGAGAGAGGGAGGGCGCGAGGGAUUUUGCCGAGCCGGCAAUCGGUGCCAAGCUUCCGCCGGCCGUCGAGCCGCGAGAACGACAGCUGCCUCCCUAAUGCGGCAGCCGGGGGUGGUGCGGGGGGCGGCGCUGGGAAAGUUGCAAGGACGUGCGCUGACGCCGCUUCACCGCUGUGCCUUUGCCGUCGCUGCCGGCGGAGAGGGCUCGGCGGUUUGAGCUCGUCGGUGGUGGCCGGCCGUGCGGCGCUCUUCAUCCCGGGAGCCGCGCGCGUUCGCUCGAGGGAAAGAGGCGAGGCCCUCGCCGCUGGGCGCCUCGCGGGAAGCUGCCAGUCCGUGCGGGGACAAGCCUCGUCGAAGGGAUCCACGAAAUAAAAUGACGUGCGCCGGGCCCUGCGCUGUGAUUCUGCGUCCUUAAGGACACGGUCGGGCGGAUCCAAUUAACAUUAAUCUGCAAGACGGCGAAUUGCACGAGCGCACGAGCGACGCGUCGAAUAGCAGGCUCUUCUCUCGUCUGCUGCAUCCGUCCUUCGGGAAGUUGCCCCAUCAGCAAAAAUUGCGUGCAUUAGUGCGGCGCUCCCUCGCUCCUCAUUUGCAUACCUGUUGUGUCCACGCGAAAAGAAAAAAAACCCGUUAUCCUCUUCAGAGACAAAACCCAGCGAGCGGCGGUGAGCGUCGAGGGCCUGCCGGUGCUUGUGGCGCCGAUCGCACCGCGCGUCCGGCAAACAAAUGAAUUGGCCUCGUUCACCGACAGUUUAUGCAAAGUAGAGACGCCCGUUCUGCAAAACCUCUCUGCCUGCUGCUGCUGCUGCCUGCUUGCGUGCAAUAGUCAGGGAAGCAACAACAAGAGACUGGCCUUCUGCGUGGGGUGAAGGACACGGCCGGGGCCGAUGCGAAACGUGGGCAGGGUGGCAACGUCACUUGCAGAGAUUGACAACAACCAAUCCCUCCCCCCUGCGAGGAGCCCAUCUCUGGGCGCGUGUGGCAGAACGGCCGUGGCAUCGCACCGCGAGCACUCGGCUGGAGGACUGGAGACCUCGGAAAGCGACGCCGCUCGGACGAGCCCCCCCCCCUCCACCGCUCUCCGUGUGACAGCCCCAGAUUCCCGGACGUGCGAUUGGGGAAAUUCCUGCGGGGAGUUUGAGGAGGUGCUCAAGCAGCUUCAGAGCAGCGUGAAGGGAGACACGCUGGAGAUGGCGGCGGCAGCCACACCCGAGGCCCUGCUCGAUCGUCUGAAGGACCUGGAGGGCGUGUGCCGUGGCGGGGUGAAGCUGCGCUCAAAGGUGGUGCUGUGCAGCAACGGUGGCGACGGAUCGCCGCUGUCGAGCCGCUCGGGCGACAGCAGCCCGACCGCGGGCGGCGGCGGCGGCGGCAGCAGCAGCAGCACCGCAUCGGCGGGCACGACCGGGGCGGGUGGGCACAAACCGCGGAGCUGCCUCAACGGCAGCCGAAGGAGCGCGGGUUACCUGGAGGAGCUGGAGAAGGAGAGAUCUCUACUCCUGGCUGAGAUCGAGAGAGAGGAGCGCGAGAAGGACUGGUACUACGCGCAGCUCCAGAACCUCACCAAGCGUAUCGACGGGCUCCCGCUCACCGACGGGCACUACCUGCAAACGGACGUGACGCGCCGAGAGCUGGAGCUGGAGGCUCAGAACAUCCGCACCGCGAUGGAGGAGCGGCUGGGCACCUGCCAGCAGAUGGCGCAGAGAGCACAGGUGGACGUGCUGCGCAUCAAGGAGAUCGACCAGGAGAUAGCGCGCGUGCGCCAGCUGCUGCACGAGGCCCAGGGCGUAGGCAGCGACGGCGAGAGCUCUGGAGGGCAGGAGCACGACGUGGGCAGUGUGAUGAGCUUCAGCAGUACCUGUUCGUUACCGCGGCAACCGGCGAGCCACCUGGGUACCAAGGUAACGGAGGACGUCAGAGUUCAGGUGGAGAUGGUCUACUCGCUGCUGUCCAUGCUGGGCACGCACGACAAGGACGACAUGUCGCGCACGCUGCUCGCCAUGAGCAGCUCGCAGGACAGCUGCAUCGCCAUGCGACAGUCGGGCUGCCUGCCGCUGCUCAUCCAGCUGCUGCACGGCAACAACAAGGACUCGUCGCUGCUCGGCGCCGCCAAGGGCAACCGGGAGGCGCGGGCGCGCGCCAGCGCGGCGCUCCACAACAUUGUGCACUCGCAGCCCGACGACAAGCGCGGCCACCGCGAGAUGCGCGUCCUCCACCUGCUCGAGCAGAUCCGCGCCUACUGCGAGGCGUGCUGGGAGUGGCAGGACGGCAGGGAGGCCGCCGGCGGCGGCGCCGCAGCGUCCGCCAUCGCCGCCGACGUCUCGUCCGUCGGCAAGCCGUCGCCGGUGGAGAAUCAGAUCGGGCCGGCGAUCUGCGUGCUCAUGAAGCUCUCGUUCGACGAAGACCACAGGCACGCCAUGAACGAGCUCGGUGGACUGCAGGCGAUAGCCGAGCUGCUGCAGGCUGACUGCGAGAUGUUUGCGAUGACGAGCGACCAGUACAACGUCACGUUGCGGCGCUACGCCGGCAUGGCGCUCACCAACCUGACGUUCGGUGACGUCGCCAACAAGGCCACGCUGUGCUCGAUGCGGGGCUGCAUGCGUGGCAUGGUGGCCCAGCUGAAGGCUGACAGCGAGGAUCUCCGACAGGUGAUCGCCAGCGUCCUGCGCAACCUCUCGUGGCGAGCGGACGUCACGAGUAAGAAGAUCCUGCGGGAGGUGGGCAGCGUCUCGGCCCUCACCAAGUGCGCCCUGGAGGUGAAGAAGGAGUCGACGCUCAAGAGCGUGCUGAGCGCCCUCUGGAACCUGUCGGCCCACUGCACGGAGAACAAGGCGGACAUCUGCGCGGUGGUGGGCGCGCUGGGCUUCCUCGUGGACACGCUGGCCUACCGCAGCCAGACCAACACGCUCGCCAUCAUCGAGAGCGGUGGCGGCAUCUUGCGCAACGUCUCCAGCCUCAUCGCCACCAACGAGGACUACAGGCAAACCCUGCGUGAGCACAACUGCCUGCAGACGCUGCUGCAGCACCUCAAGUCGCACAGCCUGACCAUCGUGAGCAACGCGUGCGGCACGCUCUGGAACCUGUCGGCCCGCAACGCGCGCGACCAGGAGGCGCUCUGGGACAUGGGCGCCGUCGCCAUGCUCAAGAACCUCAUUCACUCCAAGCACAAAAUGAUCGCCAUGGGCAGCGCCGCCGCCCUGCGCAACCUCAUGGCCAACCGGCCCGCCAAGUACAAGGACGCCAACAUCCUGUCACCAGACUCCGGCAUGCCCACGCUCGCCGUGCGCAAGCAGCGGGCGCUGGAGGCCGAGCUGGACGCCCAGAACCUAACGGAAACUUUCGACAACAUCGACAACCUCAGCCCCAAGGCGCAGCACCGCAGCAAGUCGGCGCACAAGCCCCAGCGGCACGGCCUGGUUAGCGAGUACGUGCUGGACGGCGGCGGCGGCGGCGGCGGGCGCAAGAACGGCGUGAACGUGUGCCGGGCGGACGCCGCGGCCGGCGGCGGAGGCGAGCCGGCGGCGCUGUCGCCGUUCGUCAACUCGCCGCUGCUGCACGGGCACCACCACCACAACCUGUACCCCAAGGAGCGGCACCACCUGCCGGCCGAUGGUGCCAAGGGGGAGUCGCCGGCGCUGGGCGCGGAGCGCGAGCCGAGGGCCGCGGACGCGUACCGCGUCGGCGGCGCGAUGGAGGCGGUGCCGGACGUGAGCAAGCACUCCCGCGUUGCCUGGGCCAUCGAAGAUGCCGCGGCGGCGGCGGCGGGAAGCUCGGCGUCCUCCGUCGACGGGGCGAGGUCGCUGUCGUCGGACGGACGCGGGGGCGGCACCUCGUACCUGCAGGCCAACGCGCCCGGCUACGGCAAGGCGGACGGGCAGAGCCGCGGCUUCCAGUACCACUACGGCGGCGUCGAGUUUAAGGCGGCGCACAGGGACGGAGGCCGAGCCGGUGGGAAGAAUGCACACUCCAAAGGCGCGUCGGGGAAGGCGCCGUCCGAUUCUGCGGCUUUCGAGAAGGAGAAGGGGAAGUACCACAGCUACGGCAAGUACCCGCCCGACCUGGCGCAGAAAAUUCACAGCGCCAACCACCUGGAUGAGAACGACUCGGAGACGGACACGCCCAUCAACUACAGCCUCAAGUACUCGGACGAGCAGCUGAACUCGGGCCGGCAGAGCCCGAGCCGCGGCAGCGACGUGUGGGUGCGGCAGAAGCAGGAAGCCGAGAGCGGCGACAAGCAGAGCGCGGAGAAGGGCCUCGCCGGCCAGUUCCCCGGCUACUGCAAGCGGCCGCAGUACACGCCGCAGCACCAGGCCGCCGCGCAGUUCUACCCGAUGCGGCCGGGCGGCGGAGAUGGCGGCGGCGGCGGCAAGAGGGAGCCACCCGUCGAGCGGCGCAUCAACGCGGCAGACUGCCAGGACGACGACUAUGAGGACGACAAGCCGACGAACUACAGCGAGCGCUACUCGGAGGAGGAGAAUCAGGAGGAGGAGGAGGCGGCGGCACUCGGCGGGUACCGAAUUAAGCUGCCGGAGAAGGGGCGCGUGCGGGACGAGCCCAUAGACUACAGCCUCAAGUACCCGGCGGAGUACGGCCCGACGGGGCACAAGCUCUUCAUGGGCGUGAAAAAGAUGAGCGCCGAGAAGGAGUCGGCGCACGUGGCCGGCAAGCCCGCCAACGUACGCGUCAGCAAGCUGGCGGCGCGCGACGGCAACGCGGCGGCGGGGGCGGCCGGCGAGCCCGGCCAGGGCCUGUACGCCAACAGGCAGGCGGCCAGCGGCGACAAGAUGCAGACGUUCUGCCUGGAGGGCACGCCCAUCUGCUUCUCGCGCUGCAGCUCGCUGUCCUCGCUGAGCAGCGCCGACGACGGCAUGGAGACGUCGCAUCACCCGCCGAGCGGGAAGUCCGGCGCCGGCCGGGCCAACGUCCGGAUCGUCGACCUGGCGGAGGACGGCGCCAGGGAAGAGGAGAGCCCCGAGCCGUCGCCGGCGGCGCGGCGCGCCAAGGCGGCGCGGCACCACGGCGAGGGGGCGCAUCACAAGACGGUGGACUUUUCGGGCGCCAAGUCGCCGUCCAAGUCCGGUUCGCAGACGCCCAAGAGCCCGCUGGACCACUACGUGCAGGAGACGCCGCUGGUGUUCAGCCGGUGCAGCUCGGUCAGCUCGCUGGACAGCUACCCCGACUCGUCUAUCGCCAGCUCCAUCCAGAGCGACCCCGUGAGCGGCACGGUGAGCGGCGUCAUCAGCCCCAGCGAGCUGCCCGACAGCCCCGGGCAGACCAUGCCGCCCAGCCGCAGCAAGACGCCGCCGCCGCCGCAGCUGCGGUCGGAGCGGCCGGAUGACGAUGACGAGGGCCGCGAGGGGCCCGGCGGCGCCGGCGCCAAGCCGGACGGGGGCCGGCAGCCGUGGCGCGGCAAGGCGGACGCCGGCGCGCAGGGCACGCAGUCGCGGGACUCGCUGCUGCACUUCGAGACGGAGGCGACGCCGGACGGGUUCUCGUGCGCGUCCAGCCUCAGCGCGCUCAGCAUGGACGAGCCGCUAAUCGCCAAGGACCUGGAGCUGCGCGGCGCGGCGCUGGCGGCCGUCGAGGAGGAGGCGGCCGCCGAGGCCGCGUCGCCGGAGGCGGCGCAGAACUCGUCGGCGCCGGCGUCGGCCGAGCGGGCGCGCCGCGGUCGCCGCGCCGAGGAGAGCAGCAACGCGGAGGCGCUGGAGGACUCGGAGGACGACUCGAACAUCCUUGAGGAGUGCAUCAACUCGGCGAUGCCCACAAAGUCCACGGCGGCCAAGCAGAAGAAGGACGCGGCCGCCGCCCCGUCGCACAAGGCGUCGGGCGCGAAGGGCCGCACGGCGGCGACGGCGGCGGCGGCGCCCAAGAAGCCGAGCCAGCUGCCGCUGUACCAGGCCCGCGGCGGCACGCGCCUCCCCGUGCAGGCGCCCAAGCACGUGAGCUUCACCAGCGAGAUCUUCAACCGGGACGUGCCCAACGUGUACUGCACGGAGGGGACGCCCAUCAACUUCUCUACGGCCACGUCGCUCAGCGACCUCACCUUCGAUUCGCCGCCCAACGAGGCGACCGGCGACGCCGCCGAGAAGCGAGACGCCGUCCCCACGGAAGGGCGCAGCAACGACGAGGAGGAGGGCGGCCGCGCCGCCGCGGGGAGCCCCGGCGCCGGCGGCGCCAAGUCGUCGGAGAACGACAUCCUCGCCGAGUGCAUCAGCUCUGCGAUGCCCAAGGGAAAAAGCCACAAACCGCACCGGGUCAAGAAGAUCAUGGACCAAAUGCAGCAGGGCCCGGCGGCCGGGGGAGAAUCGGCCAAGUCGAAGCUGCCCUCCCUGCGCUCGGCGGCGCAGGGCCGCCUGCUCCUGCAGCCGACGCCGGCGAGCGACUCGCUCAAGACGUACUGCACUGAAGGGACGCCCGUCAACUUCUCCACGGCCACCUCGCUCAGCGACCUGACCGCGGACGACACGGCGGAGCGGCGCGAGGGCGUGGAAGCGGCGCCGGCGCCGGCUAGGAGGCCACCAGCCAGGCACGAGGCGCGCAGGGGCGGCCACCAGGGCCCGCCGGCGGCGGCGGCGGCGCGCGAAGAGCAGCCGCGGCCCGGCUUCUCAUCGGACUCGCCGCUCCACUUCACGCCCAUCGAGGGCACGCCGUACUGCUUCUCGCGCAACGACUCGCUCAGCUCGCUCGACUUUGAGGACGACGAGACGGACCUCGCCGGCGACAAGGCGGGACUCAAGACGGACGGGGCGGCGACCGACGCUCCCUCGGGGGGGCCGAGGGGUCCCGAGGACAGAACGGCGGCCAGGGGCCCGGGGAAGAAAUCGGGAGAGGCCAGCGCCGUCGGAAGAGGCGGUGGUUACCACAAGGGCCCCAAGUCGGGGCCGCCGGCCGCCAAGGGCGUGCACAAGCCGGCGGCCAUCCCGGAGGAGGGCCAGAAGCUGGGAACAAAGCUGCCCAAGGGACUGCCGAAGCUAGUGGCGACGAGCCAGCUGCCGCGUGCUGAAAAGAACGCGGACAAGAGGGGGAGCGGCCUGGAGGAGCAGGUGCAGAGGUUCGCAGUGGAGGACACGCCCGUGUCCUUCUCGCGCAACUCCUCGCUGAGCUCGCUGAGCGACAUCGACCGUGACAACAACAACCGGGGAGGGGCGCGCACGGCCGGCGGCGGCGAGGGGGGCGGCGCCGCGGAGAGGCCUCCCGCGCAGGCCAAGGCCGAGCCGUCGGCCUACGCUCCGCGGGCGUUCCGCGUGGAGGACACUCCCAUGUGCUUCUCGAGGAACAGCUCGCUGAGCUCGCUGAGCGUCGACUCGGAGGACGACCUGCUGCAGGAGUGCAUCUCGUCGGCCAUGCCGCAGCGGCGCAAGCAGCAGCACGCGCGCAAGGCCGAGGCCGAGGAGCAGGGGGCGGCCGGCGGCGGCGCCCCCGACCCGUCCGUCAGAAGGUUGAGAGCGCGCGGGCAGGAGGCGGCCGUGAGGGACCACGGUCCCGGCACCGUGGAGCCGGAGAGGGACAACGAGGGAGCGGCCGAGAACCACAAAGGUGGGGUCCCCGUGGAGCGGUUCGACAGCCCCAGCUCGGAGAAGAUCGGCUCGCCCGAUUCGGAGAGCUUCGACUGGAAGGCCAUCCAGGAGGGCGCCAACUCGAUCGUGAGCAGCCUGAACCAGGCGGCCGCGUGCCUGUCGCGGCGCGCCUCCUCCGACUCGGACUCGAUCCUCUCGCUCGUGUCGGGCCUCUCGCUGGGCUCGCCGCUCCACAUGACGCCCGAGCACGAGAACAAGUCGCUGUCCGGCGGCCGCGGCGGCAGCCCUCGCAUCGUCAAGGCCGCGGAGAAGGGCGGCGGCGGCGGCGGCGGCGGCGAGCGGCGCAAGGGAGACGAGGAGGCGGCCCCCAAGGUCGUCAAGGGAGGCAAGAAGGUGUACCGGAGCGGCAUCACGGGGAAGGCGCGGCCCAGCUCGGACUCGGCGGUGCCGUGCCUGUCUCGCCCCGCUCAGCCGCCGGCGGCCACGGUGCCCGUCGUGACGCGGGGCCGGGCCACCACACCGUCGCCGGGUCUCAGGAACCCCUCCCCUACUGCCAGCCCCGCCCCGAAGAAGCCGAUGGCCAAGACGCCGGUCGGCUCGAAGAGCCCGGCGUCGGCGCGCGCGCCGGCCGGCCCGAGCCGUUCCAUCAGCGCGCCGGCGCGCUCCGACACGAGCUCCGCGGCGAGACCGGCCCUGAGCUUGGGCCCCGUGACGCCCAAGGCCGCGGGCUCGCGGCUGGAGCAGCUGGCCGGCGCCCGCAUCCUCCAGUCGCCCGGGCGGAAGUCGCUCUCUCCGGGGCGCGCCUCCACGUCGCCCGGACGCAACUCCUUCCCGUCGGGCCGCGGCGGCGCACGCGGCGCCGCGGCGGGGGGGAGGGGCGGGCAGACGUCGGCCGGCACGUCGUCCCCCAACGCCCCCUCGUCGCGAUCGUCCAGCUCGGGGAACCUGGCCUGCCUGCCGACCAGCGGUAACCUGUCCUGCCUGCCCUCCAGCCGCUCGCUGGGCUCCUCCACGCCCCCGCGGCAGAUCACGCCGCCCAAGGGCGGCGGCGCGGCGGGGAGCAGGGUUGACGGGAACGGGGCCGCCGGACGGCCGGAACCCGCGGGCGCCCGGGGAUCCCCCGGAGCCAAGAUGGUGGCGCAGACGAGCGGCAGGAGCGGCGGCAUCCCGGCGAAGCGCGUGGAGCUGGCGCGGAUGUCGUCCACCAGGUCGAGCGAGAGCGAGUCGGAGCGAUCGGAGAAACCCGCGCUGGUGCGGCAGUCCACCUUCAUCAAGGAGACGCCGAGCCCGGACCUCCGCAAGAAGCUGAAGGAGUCGGCGUCGUGCGAGUCCGUGUCGGGGCUGCCCGAGCUGUCGCCCAACUCGGAGCGGGGCCUCGAGGAGAGGGGGGGCGGCGCGGGGGGAGCGGAGGAGCGCGCCGGCAACGGCGCCCGAGCGCGGCCGAGCCGAUCGCAGUCGCGCAGCCCCACUCGCGUCCCCACGGGCCGCUCGGGCACGUGGAAGCGCGAGGGCAGCAAGCACAGCUCUUCGCUGCCCCGCGUGGGCACCUGGCGGCGGGUGGGCAGCUCCUCCUCCAUCCUGUCCGCCUCGUCCGAGUCGUCGGAAAAGACGAGGAGCGAGGACGCGAAGCCUCGGCAGGGGGCGGCGGUGUUCAAAGCCCUGGGAGGAGGAGGAGCCAAGGGUCACCCUCCCAACGGCGGGAAAGCCCGUCCGGACAAGCUUCACCCAAACGCGCAGGCUGGCCAGGCGGCGACUGAGAAGCGCGGCAAUGCGCUGCAGUCUGGCCAGCACUUGACAACGGACAGGGCCUCCAAGACGGGCCCCGUGCACGGGACGGGAAUCUCAGACGGCCCGUCCGGUGGGGAGAGCGGCCACCGGUCGCGGGGCACCUGGCGGAAGCUCAGAGACGCGGCGGACGUGAGCGCGUCGCCGCCGCCGCCGCCGCAGCAGCAGCGGACCGUGGAAGCCAACCACGAGCCGGCGCUGCAGAUGGCGCCCGCCGUCUCCAAGACGGAGGACGUGUGGGUGCGCAUCGAGGACUGCCCCAUCAACAACCCGCGCUCGAGCAAGUCGGCGAGCGGCAGCGACGGAGCCGCCACGUCGCCCGACAAGACGAGCCAGUCGGGCCUGGACGACUUCUCGGAGGGCGGAACGUGCAGCAGAGACGCGUCGACGCUGAGCCUCAACCACGAGGCCGACGGCGGCGACGGCGAGCGGGAGCGCCCGCCGUCCGCCGGGCAGCAGUCGCCCGAGCUGGAGUCGCAGCCGACGCUGAGCGAGAAGACGCCGUUCAGCUCCAACAGUUCGAGCAAGCACAGCUCCCCGAGCGGCGCCGUCUCCGUGCGCGUCACGCCCUUCAACUACGUGCCGAGCCCGCGCAAGUCCAGCGCCGACGCCAGUAGCGGGGCCGGCGGCGGCGGCGGCGGCGUCGUGGUGGCGGCGGCCAGGCCGUCCCAGAUUCCCACGCCCGUUGUUGGCAAGCGGCACGAGGAGCCGAAGGCGGAGGGCGGCGGCGGCGGCGACGCCGACGACGCCAACACCAAGCUGCACUCGGGGUCGUACCUCGUCACGUCCGUGUGAGCCGGGGGGGUCGCGACGCCUUCGCGUGCCGCCGCCGCCGCCCGCGGUGUCGCCGAUUAUGACGAUGAAAAUAAUAAUCCCGACGAUGAUCGAACUGCGGUGAACACGCCAAGGGUGUGGGAGGGGGGGUGGGGGGAUGGGUUUGCACUUUUUUUCUGUUUGUGCGUGACGAGAGCGAUGCGUUAGUGUGGGUGGAACCGCGACAAAAUAAAUCAAGGUGUACGUUUUUACCUAGAAUUUGCAAUGUGAAGUGCGUUCCAAGGAAGUUAACUUAAACGGUGGAACUCACUUUUAUUUAUUGAACAAAAAAAAGUUCAAACCAACUUACGAAUUAUUUGAAGUUUUAAUCGACUCAUUUUGACUACUUGAUAGUAGGCUGUGUUUUUUCCAGAUCUCACCCCCCCCUCCCCCACCCACCCCUCGAGUUGAAUCUUGAUCCUGGGCUUGUCGUGGUUUCUCAGUGUUUACUGUCGCAAUGGCAUGCUGCUGCUGCUGCUGCACUCCGGGCAGGCAUAACGGUUUGUACAUAACAAUGGAUUGUGUCUCGGUGUGUUGUGGGGUUUCUUUUCUAUUUUACACCCCCCAAUGACCUUUUCGUAAGUUUUAGUUCCUCUGGGCUCACCCCACAAGCCAUAAAUCCACCCCUUCACCACUACAACUACUACUGCUGUCAGCGCUCGCGAGUCUUACUAGGCAGUGCUCGUGUAACCACUGGAAACACACUACUCGUCCUCAUUUGCGGGAUGCUUUAAAGGGCGAUUGUACAGCCUGGUCAAUAUUUAAUGCGUACAACGCGCGUCUUUGUUCCUGUAGCCGGCGUUCCGGCGGUCUGCAAGAGGGGUACUUUGCGGGACGUCGCCACGCUUGCGAGCGCGACGGCGCGCAGGCGUUGGUGCCGUCGAGGAGAAUUCUGCAGCGGUCUGGGGGUCACGUAGCAGUGUGUGUCGUCUGUUGUGUAACAAGUAGCUUUUCACUCGUGUAAUUAUGAUUGUCAGCAAUUGACCUCGGUGUUGAACUGCCCUUUCAAGAGUAUUAUGACGAACAUGGAGACCGCCGCCCAUUGGCAGGACUCCCCGUGAGCGAACCGUGUGCGAUUUAAAACGUACGAUAAACUUAACGACAGGGGCCUGAGUUUUUAUCUCGCCGUUCCAUCUAAUUUAUUGUUCAUCGACGAGGCCAAACCUGGCUUGCGAUUGCCAACUCUUCCCUCCUCCGCGGCGACGUUAACACCAUUUUGGCCCCGCCGCCUUUCUCCUUCGUAGUCGCGAGCGGGGCCCAAACGAGACGGCCAAUCUUUCCCUCGCGGGUCGGCGGCUCGCCAUCGUCGCUGAAGGCGUCCCGACACUUGACUCGGCAGCGCUUUUGCUUUAAGAGACGGGGAAAGGGCUGAGACGGACGGUCCCGAGGACACGCGUUUGCACACAGGGAUUGCUUCGAGACGCAAGAGCUUAGCUGCCAGGCUGUACUCCCUAACCCCCCCCCCCCCCCAUUCUCCCGUUCGUUUAUGCAGAAGUAGACGUGGAAACCAUUGUGCGAACUACCCUGAAUGUAUGAGAUUUUGCUUUUUUAAUGCGCUGUACUCCAGUCUAUAUGAGGAAUUGUUAAUGUAAAUGAGUUAAUUGACAAUAAAUUGGUAUAACCUGCA